GCUACCUUUGCUGUGGCUAACAUGCUGUGGCCGCGUCUGUGGGCGCUGCUGGUGGCGGCGGCGGCGGCGGCGGAGGCGGCGAUCAUUCCGGAAGCCACCGUGAGGAUCAGCCACCUGGUGCUGGAGUCUCGGGCCAGAGAAUUCUUGUACAAGCAGGACCAGCGCUACAGCUAUGAGUGCAAGCGAGCCGUCACCGCGUCUUGGAAUUACCACACCAACGUCACCCGGCAAAAUAAGGAGGACCUGGUGGAAGCACAAGAGCGGUUCUCCGACUGGACGAAGCAGUCUUGGGAGGAGGCGAGAAGGUGGACCUCCCUCCUCCCUUACUUCCGAGACACUGAAGUCACGAGGCAGAUCAAGCUCCUGUCUGUACUUGGGGCGCCAGCGUUGCCAAAGGCGGAAUUGUUGAAGUACACGAGACUCAUCUCCGAAAUGACUGCGAUAUACGACGCCACGACCGUCUGCCGCUACCGGAAUCCCAACCGCUGUGACCUCGCCAUGAACAGAGGGCUGAACAAACUCCUCCGCAAGAGCCGCGACUACGACGAGCUGAAGCACGCGUGGGAGGCGUGGCGGGAGUCGACCGGGAGAGUCCGGCAGCGCUACCAGCAGUUCGUCCAGCUCGCCAACAAGGCAGCCAUCGCGAACGGCUUCCGCAACAUGGCCGAGCUGGCUGUGGCUCAGUACGAGAGCGAGAACUUCCGCGAGGACAUGGGCGCCGUGUGGGAGCAGAUCAGGCCGCUGUACGAGCAGCUGCACGCCUACGCCAGGAGGAAACUCAGGGAGGUCUACGGCAGCGAUCAUGUGACCCGCCGAGGACCGCUCCCCGCCCACCUCCUCGGGAACAUGUGGGCGCUGAGCUGGAAGCUGGACGACCUCUUCCUGCCGUUCCCGGAUGUGCCGCCCGUCGACGUCACGCCCGAGAUGCAGAGACAGGGCUACACCCCCCGCAGGAUGUUCGAGUUGGCCGACGGCUUCUUUCUACUCGAUGAACCUGACCCGCGUGCCCCCUCCUUCUGGCGCCACUCCGUCACGAGACCCCCAGUGACCGCAGGUGGUCUGCCCCCGUCUGCUUGGGAUUUCUGUGACGGCACGGACUUCAGGAUCAAGCACUGUACAAGCGUGACCCAGGAGGACCUCGUGACCGUACACCACGAGAUGGCUCACGUGCAGUACUUCCUGCAGUACAAGAACCAGCCGUACAUCUUCCGAGCUGGCGCGAAUCCGGGCAUCCACGAAGCCCUGGGCCACGCCGUCGCCCUCAGCGUGGAGAGCCCGCGGCACCUCUGGCGUGUGGGUCUCCUGAACAGCCCCCACGUGACCUACGAGACCGAGAUCAACGACCUGAUGAGACGGGCGUUGGACAAGGUCGUUUUCUUGCCCUACGCCUACGUGGUCGACCUGUGGCGCUGGAAGGUUCUGGAAGGCAGUCUGCCGGAGAAGGACUGGAACUGCGGGUGGUGGGACCUCAAGUACGAGAUCCAAGGCAUGCGGCCCCCGGAGGUGCGGUCUGAGGCGGACUUCGACGCCGCCUCCAAGUACCACAUUCCGGCCAACAUCGCUUACACGAGAUAUUUCGUGAGUUUCGUCAUGCAGUUCCAACUCCAUAAAGCUCUGUGCAUGAAGGCGGGCAGAUACGUGCCAGGCGACCCUACGAUGCCUCUACAUAAGUGCGAUAUUUCCUCGUCCAUUCGGGCUGGAAAUGCCAUGAGAGAAAUGAUGAGACUGGGAUCCUCGAAGCCAUGGCCAGAGGUCAUAGAGGCGGCCACAGGGGAGAGAAAGAUGGACGGAUCAGCCUUACGGGAAUAUUUCAAGCCCCUGGAGAAGUGGCUGACAGAAGACAACGAGAAGCACGGAGAGUUCGUCGGCUGGAGGCCAGAUGGGGAGUAUUGUCUGUACGAGAAGCCGCAGACGAAAGACGGUCCGCAGAGGUGUCAGAUGAACACGGAAUAGGAAGAAGGAAGAUAGAGGAAGAGGAGAAAAAGAACGAGAGGAACAUGAAGGAGGAGGAAAAGAAAAGAAAGGGAAGGAAGAAGAAGUAAGAGGAAGAGGAUUAAGAGAAUGAUAUCGAUUUGGAAUAGAUUGAGAGGUGCGAAGUUGAAAUAAGAAACAUUCGCCAUGGAAUGCAAGAAGAAAAGUCUAAAAUAAGGACGAGGUUGAAGAAAAUAUGGAAGGAAAAAACGAUCAUAAGGUAAUUUAUGAAGAGAGAAAAUAUACAGAAGAGAAGGAAAUAAGAAGGAUUAGAAUAAGAAGACAAUGAAGACGGCGAUGACGACGAAAGCUGAACUUAUUGUUGUUAACAAAGAUAUGACAUUUGCUUUACUGUUAUCUUAUUUGUAAGUUAAUUAGUUUUAGCUAAUUUUACAUUUCGUUCAGUUACCUGUGUUGUUACCUGAUCUAUUAACUUUAAGUAGUAACCAUGACCAAUUAUUAUUUAAUACCACUUUAAUUUUAGAUGUUAUGUAUUGUUUUCCAAAAGGGAUUGAAAUAAAUAUACGCGUAUA